AACCAACAAUGGGCCGACGUGAGUUGUGAGUGGGCCUAAAUAAAUGCCAAUUGAAAAAAACCAGAUAAAAAAAAAUGGGGAAGAAGAGGAAGAGAGCGCCGGAGAAACGGAGCAUACACCCCCGGAACAAAUACUCCGAUAACCCACCGGACUUCACUCUCUUAGCAUCUCUAUAUCCUUCAUUUCAACCCUACGUUUUCUACUCCCGUGAAGGGAAGCCCAAGAUCGACUGGAAAGACUUCAAUGCCACUCGUGAGCUCACUAGGGUUUUGCUUCUGCAUGAUCACUCCAUCACUUGGUGGAUCCCCGAUGGACAGUUGUGCCCCACGGUACCCAAUAGAUCUAACUAUAUCCACUGGAUCGAGGACCUUUUAUCGUCUGACAUCAUUCCCAAUUAUCAUGGAGACAACAAUAUCAUAAAAGGAUUUGAUAUCGGCACUGGGGCCAAUUGCAUUUAUCCUCUACUUGGUGCUUCCCUUCUUGGUUGGAGUUUCGUUGGAUCAGACGUGACGGACGUAGCACUAGAAUGGGCCGAGAAAAACGUUAAGAAUAACCCACAAAUAUCCAAACUAAUCGAGAUUCGAAAAGUUGACAUUGAGGAAGAGUUGACUAAUCAAAACACUAACGAUGGUGGAAGUUACACCGGCCCCCCUAUACUUCUAGGUGUGGUAAAAAACAAUGAGAAGUUUGACUUUUGUAUUUGUAAUCCUCCUUUUUUCGAGACAAUGGAUGAAGCGGGCCUUAAUCCAAACACAUCUUGUGGUGGGACUCCGGCAGAGAUGGUUUGUCCCGGUGGUGAACAGGCUUUUAUCAGUCGAAUGAUUCAAGAUAGUGUUCAACUUAAACAAUCAUUCAGGUGGUACACAUCAAUGGUUGGAAAGAAAUCAAAUUUGAAAAGUUUAAUAUCGAAACUUCGUGAAGUGGGAGUUACCGUAGUUAAGACGACCGAAUUUGUUCAAGGUCAAACUAGUCGGUGGGGAAUUGCGUGGUCUUUUAUUCCUCCAACUAAAAAGAUAAUAUCGUCUCACGUGGCUUCAAAAAAUGUCCUCACUUUCAUGCUUGAGGGGAUCCAACGCCAGUUCAGUGCAUUUCAUGUUCUCCAAUCAGUUGAAUCCUUCUUCAAAGGGAGUGGCGCAUCCUGUAAAUUAAAUGCUGCCUUGUUUUAUAUUGAUGUAAUUUCAAAUGAUUUGCAUUUCCGCGUAACGGUCUUUGAGCAGAUUCCGGGAACUCUUUUAGUUAGAGGAUCCUUGAAACCUGGAGAAACCAUUGUGCCAGGGUUACUCUCAUCAGUAUUCCUGCAGUUGGAGGAUGCUUUGAGGAAAGAAUUUUGCCCAGAAAAAGUUUCCACACACAUCUCAAAUUCGAAUCACCAGUAAUUUUAAUAGUUAGCGCUUUUUUUACCAUCUUCUUUUGUACCAGUGUCUGUCUACUCUUGAUUAAUUUAUGCAUCAGGAAGAUUCUUUUUC